AUGGCGUCCUCAUCCACACCCGAAGAGACUAGCUACGUCAAGAUGGACGAAACCAAAGACGGCUUUGACGAGACCCUCGUAGGCAAGCACUGCGAGUAUGAAUACUGCAAUCAACUCGAUUUCCUCCCCUUCUUCUGCCAAAGCUGCAAAAAGACGUUUUGCCUCGACCACCGAUCCGAAACUACACACAAGUGCGCCAACGCUGGCGCCUGGGCCGAACGCCGGCGACAGGCAGAGCUCGCGAAACCUUCCUAUGGCCAAGGUCGCCAAUUACGCGACACCGUCACCCAGAAGCCUUGUGCAUCACCGACCUGCAAGACCACCAUCGGCACCUCGCUAGUGACUGGCGUCCACUGCCCGGGCUGCAAUCGCGACUACUGUCUCAAGCACCGGCUGAAGGAAGACCACGACUGCAAAAACCUCGUCCCGCUUGGUGCUCGGCCAGGAUCACAGAUCGACGUCGCAGCGCGGACAAAGAGCGCAUUCGACAAACUAAAGGCCUGGGGGACCGCGAAGAAGGAACAAGCUGGUCGGGCGCUACCGAAACCGAAACCCACAUCCGCGUCUGCGCGUCUGAUAGCCGUAAACAACCUCAAGAAAACGGCAAAGGGCGACGACAAGCUGGCGCAGGAGAAGAGAGUCUACCUAUACGUCGAAGCAGAAGCGGCAACCGCUAAGGCCAAGUUCCCCAAGGGCGAGUUCUUCUUCUCCAAGGACUGGGUUGUUGGAAGGGUGCUGGACGAAGCCGCGAAACGGUUACAGGUGGAGAACCUCAACAACCGAUCGUCGGACGAGCGAGACAAGCUACGGGUGUUUCACGUGGAGGGAGGACGACUUCUGGAGUUCAACGAGAAAGUCGGGGCUUCACUGGUCAGCGGCAAUACCGUCGUCCUGCUUCGCGGCGUUGGGCCGCCGCCUGACCUCAUGGAGGUUUAG